CACUCGCGCACGCACUUUCACCGUCCGCAGUUUCGCACGCACACUCACGGUUCGCGGACGGCGACGCACGUCGGCGCAUACACGCACAAACGCUUUUGCGCGCGCGCGCGCGCGCAUUAGCGCUCCAACGCACACACGCGCACGUUUGUCGCGGAGGUGAUAUCAAGGAAAGAGCGGCGGGGACGGACGGGCGUCGAAAGAGAUAUACACGUUACACACCACUCACGGGCAUAUCAGCCGGAGCGCUCAACCAGCAGGCGGCUCGGGGACGGCGGCCACGAGCGAAGUAGUAGCUAUAAAAAAAUACCUUAGUCGUCACUAUUCGGCCACUACUGUGACGAACCCGACCACUACACUCAACUGUCGUUGUUCCGCGUUGUUCUCGUACACCCGCUGUUUAUUACGACUACAUUAUACUACGAGACAUUGUGUGUGUGUGUGUGUGUGUGUGUAUGCGCGAGGCGCGCGCGCGCGUGUGUCUAUAAGUCUUAUACGUAUGUAUGUGUGUGUGUGUGUCUUAUGUGUGAUACGUAAUGUGCGCGCCGACGACCUAGAUUUGCGUUACGUACGGCCGUCGGUUAAGCGACCGUUGUCGUCGUCGUCGCCCAGGUGACUGAUACCCGUACGACGACCAUAACACGGCGGCAAUAACAACAACAACGACGACGACAAACUUAACGAUACCAUCCGUCUUGCUGCGGCAAGUCCGCGUGACUACUAGCGUCCGUCGUCCGUUUCUUCGGUCUUUUCGUUCACGUCGAUAUCGUUUCCACCCGACCAAAACUACGGUCCGCACGCGAGACGCGACGACUCUGUCGUCGUCGGCGUAUUGUCGUCUUCGUCAUGUCCGACGAACACGGCCGUUCUUGCGAUUGCUGCGAUGACGGCUACGAGGGUGACCGGAUCUGUUGUCACGUUUGCGGGAUCGCGGCCGUCGCCGCUGCUGCCAUGAUUACGAACGCAACGACGAUGAAGCCUUCCAAGUGAUAAUGGUUUCCACCGAGUCUAGGCUGCCAAUCGUCGUAGCCUAGGUUGUGUGUGGUGUUGGUUCUCGUUGUUGUUAUUAUUGUUCAUUUCCUUGCCCCUCGUAGCCCGACGUCAUACGGCUUAUACUUAUUAUUAUAUAAUAUCGGGAUUCGUUUUCCCCUCGUCGUCAACGCGUACAAAGUUCGUUCAACCGGACACCCUUCUCUUCGUGUCAACUACCCGCCGUGCACGAUGGCCGAUCUGGAAGCCGUGCUGGCCGAUGUCAGCUAUCUAAUGGCCAUGGAGAAGAGCAAGUGCACUCCCGCGGCCAGAGCCAGUAAAAAGAUCGUCUUACCCGACCCGAGUGUUCGAAGUGUUAUGCAUAAAUACCUUGAAAAAAAAGAAGAAGUUAAUUUUGAUAAAAUCUUCAAUCAAGUCUUAGGUUAUUUGUUAUUCAAAGAUUUUUGUGAACAUCUACCAGAAGAUGAGCAAAUACCUGAAAUCAAAUUUUAUGAUGAGAUAAAACGGUAUGAAAAAUUAGAACCACUUGAUGAGAGAAGAAAAUUAGCUAGAGGCAUCUAUGAUAAUUAUAUUAUGAAAGAACUUUUGUCACAUACUCAUAAUUACCCAAAAGAUGCUGUCGCUCAUGUUCAAAAAUAUUUGAUGAAGAAUGAAGUGCCUGUUAAUUUAUUUGAACCUUAUAUUAAAGUAAUAUUCAAUCACCUUCGAGAAGAACCUUUUAAAAAAUUUCUAGAAAGUGAUAAAUAUACAAGAUUUUGUCAGUGGAAAAAUCUAGAGCUUAAUAUUUCGUUGACAAUGAACGAUUUUAGUGUUCAUCGUAUAAUUGGUAGAGGUGGUUUUGGCGAAGUUUAUGGUUGUCGAAAAGCUGAUACUGGAAAAAUGUAUGCUAUGAAAUGUCUUGACAAAAAACGAAUAAAAAUGAAACAAGGAGAAACUCUUGCCUUGAAUGAACGUAUAAUGUUGUCUCUAGUCAGUACCGGGGUGGACUGUCCUUUUAUUGUUUGUAUGACAUAUGCAUUUCAUACCCCUGAUAAACUCUGUUUCAUAUUAGACCUUAUGCACGGUGGUGAUUUACAUUAUCAUUUAGCACAACAUGGUGUGUUUAAUGAACAUGAUAUGAAGUUCUAUGCUGCUGAAGUAAUUUUAGGCUUAGAACAUAUGCAUAGACGAUUUAUUGUCUACAGAGACUUAAAACCAGCUAACAUACUAUUAGAUGAAUAUGGACAUGUACGAAUAUCAGAUUUAGGUUUAGCGUGUGAUUUUUCUAAAAAGAAACCACAUGCUAGUGUGGGAACACAUGGUUACAUGGCUCCAGAAGUGUUAUCAAAAGGAACUGCUUAUGAUUCAAGUGCAGAUUGGUUUUCUUUUGGUUGUAUGUUGUACAAACUACUUAAAGGUCACAGUCCAUUUAGACAACACAAAACCAAGGACAAACAUGAGAUUGAUCGAAUGACCCUAACAAUGUUUAUGUUGCAGAAUGUAGAACUUCCAGAUUCUUUUUCAAAAAGUUUAAAAGAUCUUUUAGAAGGUCUUUUACAACGUGAUAUAAAUGAAAGAAUUGGAUGUCGAGGAAGAGGGUCAGAUGAAUUAAAAGAACAUCUAUUUUUUGCUGGACUUGACUGGCAACAAGUAUAUUUGCAAAAGUAUACGCCACCUCUUAUACCUCCUAGAGGUGAAGUGAAUGCUGCUGAUGCCUUUGAUAUUGGCUCGUUUGACGAAGAAGACACUAAAGGCAUAAAAUUAACUGAUGCUGAUCAAGAACUCUAUAAGAACUUUUCUAUAACUAUAUCUGAAAGAUGGCAAAAUGAAGUUGCUGAAACAGUAUUUGAAACAGUGAAUGCAGAGGCUGAUAAAGCUGAUCAAAAAAGAAAAUCUAGACAGAAGAAAUUCAAUGAACACAAUGAAGAAGAAUCUGAUUGUAUUCUUCAUGGAUAUAUUAAAAAAUUGGGAGGGCCAUUUGCAUCUGCAUGGCAAACAAGGUAUGCUAAGCUAUACCCUAAUCGAUUAGAGUUGCAUUCUGAUUCGGGUUCAGUAAAAACUGAGGUGAUCACGUUAGACCAAGUAUUGGAAGUCAGUCCAGAAUUAGUGAUUGUAAAAAAUGAACAAUGUAUUGUAUUACGUAUGAAGGAUGGAAAAGAUGGCAAACUAGUACUCACCAAUAGUGAUGAAAUUGGCUUAAAAGAAUGGGCAUUGUCAUUACGUUCCACCCAUAAAUCUACACAUGAUCUGUUGAAAAAAUUAAAAAAACCUGGCAAAAUGUUCAUACAAGAAGAAGCUGAUCCUUUGACAUCUACAACUAACACUAAUGGCAAUUAGUUACAUGAUAAGACAGUGUACACCGUUUGUCAUCACCUCAAAUCAAUAAUAAUCUCAAUAUAAUUAAAUUUUAAUGAUCAUUAGAGAGAUGGAAGUAAUAUAUUUGAAAAUAAUU